UUAUUGGCAUGGAAACGAGUAUAAAGCUAGGGUUACAUAAUCAAGAAGGAUCUUUAAGUCUUUUUGUAAUGGAAUGUAAUUGUCAUAUGAACGAUAUCUCGAUAGACCUAAAUGGAGGUGCAUCGUGGCUCUAUCAAGGGGUUGUUGAUGCUUUUGAAGAACCAAUAAGGUCGGAAGUCUCAAAGGAAAUUAUCAAGAAACUAAAGGCGGGAGUCAUAAAGCUUGGAUCCGUUGUGCAAUCUCUUCCAAAACUAAUUUCGUUGCAACCACCGGUUUGUUGUUCGGAUCCUCAAAAAAUGGUUGGAAUUGCAUUAGAUGAAGCGGUUUUCAACUCGGGAUUUGCGUUGUACUACAAUGCUAUAUUUAUGCGAUGGAUUGUGGAUAAAGUCCCUGAACAAAAUCUUUUAAACACAGCUGGAUGGAGAUUUGUAGUCCCUCAACUUUAUAAAAAAUACCCAAAUGCAGAUAUGAACUUGGAAAUCUCUCUUUCUGAUCCUCCAAUUAUGCAUGUAUCAAGCCAAAUUAUCGAUGCAACCGUUUAUGCUGAUUUAAUCAUUGAUGUUCUUCAAUUAGAUGACAGGAUACCCGUUGCUUGUAUUUCAUUGGAAAUGGCGGGUGUGGGUUCGGUGCAAAUUACCAAAAAUAACCUCACUGGUCAUUUGAAACUGGAUGAUUUCACCAUGUCAUUGAAAUGGAGCAAGAUUGGAACCUUGCGUAUGUUUCUAAUUCAGCCUGUGAUGUGGACGAUUAUUGAAACGGUUUUUGUGCCUUACAUAAAUGCACGCCUUGGAACAGGAUUUCCUUUGCCUAUAUUUCGUGGGAUUAACCUUCAAAAUGCUGAGAUAUUAUUCAAGGAUUCACGAAUCACAAUUUGUAGUGACUUCAGUUAUAAAGAACCUUUUGAUCCUAGCCAUACACUUGUUUACACUUCGUAGAUUAUGAAGGGAGAUUCAUCUUGUACAAUGUUGUAUAAUAUAUGUAUAGUUGUUGAGACCUC